CGCCCCAGCCACCGCGCAAAGGCGAUUUUGGCUCCGGACGAGGCGGCGGCGUUUGGAGGCGGGAGGAGCAGCAGCAGCAGCGAGCGCUGGGUUUGGAGAGCUUCCCGGCGGGACCUCGGCUCGGGGCGGCCCAGAUGAGUGACUUUGGAAUCAAGAACAUGGAUCAGGUAGCCCCUGUGUCUAAUGUCUACAGAGGAAUGCUCAAGCAUCAACCAGCAUUUGACACCUUUGACGUCACAAACUCUCUGUUUGCAGGAUGUUUUCCCUCAUUAAAUGAAGAUCAAACCCUUCAAGAAGUACCAACAGGAUUUGAUUCGAUUUCUUAUGAGUCAAACAGCUGUGAAUUGCCUCUCCUAACCCCAUGCAGUAAGGCCGUGAUGAGUCAAGCUUUAAAAGCUACUUUCAGUGGCUUUGCAAAGGAACAGUGUCGUUUGGGUAUCCCAAAUAAUCCUUGGCUAUGGACUGAACAGCAGGUUUGCCAAUGGCUUUUUUGGGCUACCAGGGAGUUUAGUUUGGCAAAUGUGAACUUUCCUCAGUUUGUCAUGAACGGCCAAGACUUGUGCAACCUGGGCAAGGAACAUUUCUUGGAGCUGGCUCCUGAUUAUGUAGGUGACAUUCUGUGGGAACACCUGGAACAGAUGAUAAAAGACAGUCAAGAGAAGACACAGGACCAAUAUGUUGAAAACUCUCAUCUUACCUCAGUCCCACACUGGGUCAAUAACAACUCAUUAAGUUUUAAUACAGAACAGGCCCCUUAUGGUAUGCAAAUGCAUAGCUACCCCAAAGCCAGCCUCCUGAGUGACUUAUGUCAGACUUCUGCAGGACCAAAUCUCCUCAGCCCAGAUCAAGAAUUUUCGAUGUUCCCCAAAGCUCAGUUAGAGACCGUCAACGUGAACUACUGCUCCAUGACCCGCGACUUCACAAACAAUCUGAAUUUGCUGAUGGAUAACUCUGGUAAGCCCAGAGAGCAUGAAUCAAGUGACAGCGGCACAGAAAGUUAUGAAAGCACAGAUUCUCAACUUCAGUCCUGGAACAGCCAAUCCUCUUUAGUGGAUGUACAACGUGUGCCCUCUUAUGAAAGUUUUGAAGAUGAUUGUAGCCAGUCUCUAUGUCUGAACAAACCUACAAUGUCUUUCAAAGACUACAUUCAAGAAAGAAGUGAUCCUGUAGAGCAAGGGAAACCAGUUAUACCAGCAGCAAUUCUAGCAGGCUUUACAGGCAGUGGACCUAUACAACUGUGGCAAUUCCUUCUGGAGUUACUAACAGACAAAUCCUGUCAGUCAUUUAUUAGCUGGACUGGAGAUGGAUGGGAGUUUAAACUUGCUGAUCCAGAUGAGGUGGCACGACGGUGGGGAAGAAGGAAAAACAAGCCAAAAAUGAACUAUGAGAAACUAAGCCGAGGCCUGCGCUAUUAUUAUGACAAGAACAUCAUCCACAAAACCUCAGGGAAACGCUACGUGUACCGGUUUGUAUGUGACCUACAGAACCUGCUGGGGUACACGGCAGAGGAACUUCAUGCCAUGCUGGGAGUGCAGCCAGACACAGAAGACUGAACGCUGCGAUUAUCAUGCAAAACUGGCAGAGAUUGCAAGAUUUUGAACUGUGACUAGGACCCAUCUGCAGUCAGUCUUUUCAGAUUGGUGCAACUGUUAAGAAAUAAGGACCUUGAACUGGUUUUGUAAUCAGGGAAAGCUGAAGGAAGAAGUGGCCUUAUUUCGUCAGAUGCAAUGGCUUCAAGUAUUGCUGCACCAAGUCCCGUGGAGCAGUGUGGAGGAUGACACAGUGCCUAGCUCUAACCUGAAGACAUGAAAAUGCUCUAGGGUUAAAUGUUUUGGCCUUUUAUUAUGGGUUGUUUUUAAUACCAAAGGUUGGAGAGUGACCAGUUAUACAUCAGAAUUCUAGCUCAAAACUUAACCACGUUGCUUACAUCAUGAUAUGCAUUUUUU